CCGAGCAACGGUCACUCUGCUCCCCCCUUUAAGUUUUUUUGCGGUGGAGUAAAAGUCGGAAAAGUCAAUUAAUACCCGACUGCCACACGUUUAGAAACCGAUUUUGAGAUCAAGGUCAAGAUGAGCGAGUACACGACAAUUCUCCAGCGCGAAUUCCCCAAAAUUGACCACGAACUCCUCACCUAUGUUGUAGGCGUACUCACCGGAAGUGAGGAGGACUUCGACAGCGGCGACGACAUCUUCGAUGCGGUGGGCGACAUUCUGCAGAGCGUCGACUGCGACAGGUCGGAGGAGAGCGUAAGGGAACUAUGCGAGCAGUUCCUCAACAUCAUGAAGAACAACGGGGUCAACGUGGAGCGCAAGGUGCUUAAUGCGCCGGUAAACAUAGAGGAGAUGGCCAAGAACAUGGAGCGCCUCGACAAGGACAUGCAGAGCAUCUGGGUGGUGAAUAAGGAUGGCGCAAAUAAAGUAGACUCCAAGAAGCUGGGGAAGGCGGAGGCGAAACUGCAACAGAAGCAAGAGAAGCGGCAGGAGGUAAACAAACAUGGAAUGAUUCCCGUAGCCGUGAAGCUUCAAACUGCCACAGCUUCUCAAGUAACAAACAAGAAAAAUACAAAGUUGGACCAGAAAGGACUUAACCGCUCGAUGGACAUAAAGAUCGAAAACUUUGACUUGGCCUUUGGCGAAAAAGUUCUUCUGCAGAAUGCGAAUCUUCUGUUGUCUUUCGGUCGCCGGUAUGGUCUGGUUGGUCGCAAUGGGCUGGGCAAGACUACUCUCCUCCGGAUGAUUGCCGAACGGCAGCUGCAGAUUCCCUCGCACAUCUCGGUGCUGCAUGUGGAGCAAGAAGUGGUUGGUGAUGACACACCGGCCGUAGAGAGCGUGCUGGAGUGUGAUACGGAGCGAACGAGGCUACUGACCCGGGAGAAGGAGAUCCUAGCUGCGCUGAAUAAUGGCGUUCAGGAUGCUGCGCUGUCUAACGAGCUGAGCGAAACCUAUGCUGCUCUGCAGAAUAUCGAGGCGGAUAAGGCCGUGGCUCGUGCAUCUGUGAUACUUAAAGGCUUGGGCUUUGACGCAGACAUGCAACUGCGCCCGACCAAAUCCUUCUCAGGCGGUUGGCGAAUGCGCUUGGCUUUGGCCAGGGCACUUUUCUCAAAGCCCGAUCUGCUUCUGCUCGAUGAACCGACGAACAUGUUGGACAUCAAAGCUAUUAUUUGGCUGGAGAACUAUCUGCAGACGUGGCCUACCACCAUUCUCGUCGUUUCCCACGAUCGCAACUUCCUUGACGUAGUACCAACGGACAUUAUUCAUCUACAUUCCCAGGAGCUGGAGGCAUACAAGGGAAACUAUGAGCAGUUUGAAAAGACAAAAACGGAAAAGCUGAAGUCCCAGAGGCGGGAGUAUGAGGCUCAGAUGGCUCAUAGAGCACAUGUCCAGGACUUCAUUGACCGUUUCCGAUACAACGCAAAUCGUGCCUCAUCCGUGCAAUCAAAAAUUAAAAUGCUUGAAAAACUGCCCGAGCUUAAGCCGGUGGAAAAGGAGACUGUGGUUACGCUCAAAUUCCCCGAAGUGGAGCCUCUAAAUCCUCCCGUGCUGGCCAUUUCGGAGGUAUCGUUCCGUUAUAACCCCGAAGAUCCUCUACCCAUCUUUAAGGGUGUAAAUCUCUCAGCCACUUCCGACUCCCGAAUAUGCAUUGUCGGAGAGAACGGAGCGGGAAAGUCGACACUGCUAAAGAUUAUUGUCGGUCAGCUGAGCACUAUCUAUGGAAACAUUGUCCUGCAUCGUGGUCUUCGAAUUGGAUAUUUUGCCCAGCACCAUGUAGACCAUUUAAACAUGAACGUGACUUGUGUGGGAGUAUUGGCCGAACUGUUUCCCGGUCGACCGGAUGAGGAGUAUCGCCGGCAGUUGGGUAGUUUUGGGUUAUCCGGACCACUGGCACUGCAGAGCAUUGCCAGCUUAUCUGGAGGACAGAAAUCCCGCGUGGCCUUAGCAAAAAUGUGCAUGGCGGAACCCAAUUUCCUGGUUCUUGAUGAGCCUACAAAUCACUUGGAUAUUGAAACCAUCGAUGCUUUAGGCCGGGCUAUAAACGCCUUUAAGGGCGGCGUCAUACUAGUUUCCCACGACGAACGCCUCAUUAAGGUUGUUUGCAAGGAACUCUGGGUGUGUGGCAAUCGCACAGUCAGAGCGAUCGAAGGUGGUCUGGAUGAGUAUAAGCGGGAGGUGUACAAGGAAAUCGAAGCUAAUAGUUGAAUUUAAUGUUAAUAAUUACUCUAUUUGUGAAAUAGCCUAGAAAUAAAUUUAUAUUAUGUCUAUGACACAAGAAAGAAAA